AGGAGAAGAUUCAAAGAAGUGAUUAAUCAUUUCAACAUUUGUUUAAUUCCGAAACCCAAUUAAUAUUAUUGCACUGGAACUGGAAGUGGAGGCCACGUCGCGGCCGGUUGGCGGCGGCCGUCUAUUUCUUCUGCUCAAAUUCCGAACCCAAGGUCAACCGCUGGUACUUGUAGUAAUUCUUGGGUUGUUGGUUCUACUUUCUCCCUCCAUUUUCGCCGCUUCAAGGAUUCCAUUCCAUGGAUGAUGCUUCCGGGAACAAAUUUCAUUGCCUUUUCAUUUCCAAAUUGCAGCCGACACAGCCUGUAAUUGCCUGCCUUGAAUUUGGGAAACCAAAACAAGGAAUGAAACUAAGAAGGAAACAAAUGUUUUUGUCUAAAAAUAGACGGCCAUGCGCGUUUCCAGGAGGAGCCAAGUCAGCACAAUUCUCUCUCUCUUCCAUUCCAACCAAAUCUUCAGAACCCGUGAUUUUCUCCUGAUUACCCUUUCCAUUUUCGUCUACUUCCUUCAAUUUUCUGGCUGUAUUUCCCUUUUUUUCAAUUUAUUUUUUUUUAAAAAACUGCAUUUUUUUCUGGGAAUAAUACCCAUUUGUACGCCCACAAAGCAAAAAUUUUGGGAAGCCUGAAUCCCCUUAGCCAUCCCAGCUCGACCAGAAAACCCUGCAUCAAUCUCAAGGGAUAUAGAUAUAGAUAUACACACAUACAUAUACUUAUACAUACAUCCUCGCUUUUUUUAUGUAUAUACAUGUCCAUAUGUCAAUGCUGGAUUUCUGGUCUGGGUUUUAUUAAUCUUUUCCUUUUCGUCUUUCUAUGGGAGGCCUUCCUUGUCUUGUUUGUGCUAUUUGGCUUACAAUUGAUUGGUAAUACUUGAGAAUAAAUCUCUUCGUUUCACCAUUUGGGCCUCUGUUUCUCAUAUUAUUUGGGAUUUUGGAGGCAUUAGGGUUUGGUUGGAAGGGGUCUUCAUUGUUUGGAGAAGAUUGUGGCUUGUGUUGAGAGUUCAAUUCUUAAGUAAAAAUCAUUUGGGAGCAGCUCAGCUUUGUUAACAAUUGCUUGAAUUUAAAUUCCAAGGUUUCAGUAUCAUGAAUGGGCAUCUUAAGUAUUAGCAGAGGCUUUGUUAACAACAGGUGACUUGCUGAGGAUGGGCUGCAUUUGCUCAAAAGAAUACAGUAUAGAAGAUUGUGCCGGCGAUGCUGAAAACGAGAAAGAGAAAAGCAAAUCUUUAGUUAAGGUUGCUCCUUCAAAGACUGAGGAUAUAGUUGUGGGAAUAGGCAAUGUUAGUUAUGAUGAGUCUGUGCACACAAUAUCUCAGCCGGUUGUACCGGCAACUAUGAGCUCUGUACCAGCUACAAAGGAUGAAGAGAAGAAAACAAGGAUUGUCGAGAGGCCCAAAAGUGGUCUCCAUCAUAGACGAGCUACGAUGGAUGUGGUAAUGAAUGGAGGAGAAUCCACAGUGUCUCGGAUUGUUAGCAUGCCACAAGGCAUCAUAGGAGAACAGGUCGCUGCCGGAUGGCCAUCCUGGCUAACUUCAGUAGCUGGAGAGGCCAUCCAGGGGUGGCUUCCUCGAAGUGCUGAUUCUUUUGAGAAGUUAGAAAAGAUUGGACAAGGAACUUAUAGCACUGUAUAUAGGGCACGUGACCUAAAAACCAGAAAAAUUGUUGCAAUGAAGAAAGUACGAUUUGUAAAUAUGGAUCCAGAGAGUGUUCGUUUUAUGGCUAGAGAAAUACUUAUCUUACGUAAACUGGACCAUCCAAAUGUAAUGAAGCUUGAGUGUAUAGUCACUUCGAGGAUGUCAGGCAGCUUGUACCUUGUAUUUGAAUACAUGGAGCAUGAUCUUGCUGGUCUUGCAGCAUCACCUAAGAUCAAGUUCACGGAACCACAGAUUAAAUGCUAUGUGCAACAAUUGCUUCAUGGACUUGAACAUUGUCAUAGUCGUGGAAUUCUGCAUCGAGACAUCAAGGGUUCUAAUCUGCUUGUUGACAAUGAUGGAAAUCUGAAGAUUGGGGACUUUGGCCUGGCAAACUCUUUCAAGCCUAAUCAAAAGCAGCCAUUGACCAGUCGUGUCGUAACUCUAUGGUAUAGGGCUCCUGAGCUUUUGCUUGGUGCUACAGAUUAUGACGUUACCAUUGAUCUCUGGAGUGUUGGUUGCAUCCUUGCAGAAUUAUUUGCGGGAAAGCCAAUCAUGCCCGGGAGAACAGAGGUUGAGCAGAUGCAUAAAAUUUUCAAGCUUUGUGGAUCACCUUCAGAGGAAUACUGGAGGAAAUCAAAAUUGCCACAUGCUACUAGUUUUAAACCCCAGCAUCCUUACAAGCGCUGUGUUGCUGAGACAUUCAAGGACUUCCCUUCUCCAGCUUUGGCUCUUAUCGAUGUCCUUCUUGCAAUAGAACCAGAGCACCGUGGUACUGCUGCUUCUGCACUUAAAAAUGAGUUCUUCACAACGAAGCCUUUCCCUUGUGACCCGUCUAGUUUACCAAAAUUUCCUCCGAGCAAGGAGAUUGAUGUGAAGUUUCAACAGGAGGAAGCAAGAAGGAGAAAGGUCGAGUAUGUGAAAGGGCGUGGACCUGAGUCAGUGAGGGGUCCAAGACCAGGGAAGGAAGUGACACCAGAAUUCGAUGCUCAGGGACAGGAGGGACAGGCAAAUUCGAAAUGUACCAGCGUUAGAUUCAACCCUCUGGAGGAUAGUGGUUCAGGCUUCCCAAUUGACCCGCCGAGGGGUGGUGGUGGACGAAAUGGCCUCUCCCAAUCCAACUCAAUGCUUCACCCAACUGCACUAGGAUCUUCACGGACAAGAAAGGCAAAAGAUGACGAUACCGGCCUUAUUUAUCGCACGGGGAAAGGGCCGGAUCUGAGGAGACAGAUGUCAAACAUCCCUCUGCAAGCAUUGGGUUCCUCCAAGAAGGAUGAGAGGAUGAGUGCAAAGGAGCUGACGGGGGGGUGUGCGUCGAAUAGAAGAAGAAUCCAUUACUCGGGACCUCUGAUGCCUCCUGGCGGGAACAUGGAAGAGAUGUUACGCGAGCACGAGAGACAGAUUCAAGAGGCAGUCCGGAAGGCACGCCUCGACAAGUCUAGGACGCAGAAGGACUUCUGAGCUCCUCCAGUGGAAAAUUUUUCAGUACCCCCUAGAUUAUUAUUUGGCCAUUCGCACGUCACCAGUGAAAAUUUUCAGUACCCCCUACCCCUAGAGAGCUGAAAACCCAGUGCCAUUCAUUAGAUUGAGUCUGCAAGGGGCUUCACAUUGUGUCAUUUAGAAAGAUGGAGGAGGAGGGAGACGAUGGGGGAUCUGGGUAUAUACAUACAUAUAUGUACAUCCAAUCUGAAUUCUAAAAUGCAGCGUUUCAUUUGCGGUCAUCAUAUUGAUGAGAGGAAGGGAGGGAUGGAGGGGACCUAGCUAUGUGGUUGUUACUGUUGCAUGCAUAUGUCUUCCCUCAAACCUGAUGCAUUUUCAAACAAAAUUACACCUAAUUAAUAUUUACAACCAUUACACUUGUCAAAUAACAUCAACACACCAUUGUGAAGUGUUAUUUUUGCAGAGUUUUAUUGUCUAAAACAGUCUUGUUCAAUCAUUUACUAAGUACAUGUAAUAACACUAAAAGCAUUCCUCAAAUA